GUAAGCCACGCCCCCUCGCGAAUGCCCCAGUGCAGCCGAGUUGUUGCACAAAAGCACACUUUGCCCCGCAACUAGACUUCUUAGGAGGAAGGAGAACACACACGAAACAGGUGACGAGGACUGGGCAUAAGAGACGCUUUCAAGAUGCUGCCCAAAGACCUGAAGCAGAUCCGAGUACUAAUACUGAAUGACAAAGAUGAUUUAUCCAGGACCCUGUUCAGACUUGAUCAAGGUUUUGAGCUCCAGUUCCGUCUCGGUCCGAGUCUCCAAGGACGGAAAGUUACGGUGAAAACCAACUACCCGCUGGAAGGAAAGCGGUUUGAACGGAACACUUUCCGUGUUUUGUCCUGGAACGUGUCGUCAGGACGGGAGGACGAUUCUGAUAAGUUCUGCUCUCUGGAUGUCAAAGUGGCCGGUUCUUAUCAGUACUACUUUGGGUUUGGUGACGCAGAAAAGUCGGGAGGAGGCUACAUCGUGAUCAACCCUCUCCUUCACGUGGGACCAGACAACCAUGUCCUUCCUUUGGACUGCGUCACCAUUCAGACAUAUUUGUCCAAGUGUUUGGGGGACUUGGACGACUGGCCAGCCAGACUGAGAGUUGCAAAGGAAUCAGGGUACAACAUGAUCCACUUCACACCUUUGCAGACUCUCGGAGCCUCCAGGUCAUGCUACUCGCUAGCGGACCAGCUCGCCUUCAGCCCCGAGUUCAGCACAAAGGGUCAAAAUUAUAGCUGGGCAAAUGUGGGGGGCCUUGUGGAAAAGCUGAGGAGGGAAUGGAACAUGCUGUGUAUUACUGACGUGGUGUACAACCAUACAGCUGCAAAUAGCCAGUGGAUCAGCGAGCAUCCAGAAUGUGGCUACAACCUGGUCAACUCCCCCCACCUGCGCCCGGCCUGGGUCUUGGACCGGGCCAUCUGGCAUUUAACCACCGGGAUAGUGGACGGAGAGUACAGUGGCCUUUCUGUGGAUGUCACCAAUGAAAGCCAUCUGAAUGCCAUCCGGAGUUUGCUGUGGAAUGAUGUGUACCCUCAGAUCAAACUUUGGGAGUUCUACCAGGUCCAAGUGGACAGUGUUGUGGACCAGUUCAGAACUCUCCUACAGAACGGUGUGAAAGCGGAUAAUAAGACCGGGGAGAGAAAAGGUCUUCACAUCGUCCAGGACGUUGAUUACCGACGUUACGGCAGCACAGUCCACAUGGAUUCCGCCCUGGAAACGUUUGUGCCUCGCAGCUCCUCCCCUCGGGACAUAGAGGAGUGCUGCGGUUUGCUUCGAGAGAAACUGCAGCAGCUCAACGAGGAACAGCAGCACAUUGUGCAUCAGCAUCUUGAGCAGGCGGCCAACUGCAUUGUGGGGAAUAUCACGUAUGAGCGUCUUGCUGAACAUGGACCCAAGUUAGGCCCAAUUAGCAAGAAGGACCCCCUCGUUACCAGGUAUUUCACCUUUCCAUACCAGGACAUGACUUUGGAGGAGGAAAUGCAGCUGCUGGACCAACCAGAGAAGACGUGUAACUUCCUGGCUCACAACGGCUGGGUGAUGGGGGAUGAUCCACUGCGGAAUUUCGCCGAGCCAGGGUCGAACGUCUACAUCCGCCGGGAGCUGAUAUGCUGGGGCGACAGUGUCAAACUUCGCUAUGGCAAGGGACCGGAGGAUUGCCCCUUCCUGUGGGCUCACAUGAGGAAGUACACUGAAAUAACGGCCAAACACUUUCAUGGAGUCAGGCUGGAUAACUGCCACUCCACACCGUUGCAUGUAGCAGAGGCCAUGCUGGAUGCAGCCAGACUGGUCAGACCCAAUUUGUACUUGAUCGCUGAACUGUUCACAGGCAGCGAGCUCAUUGACAAUGUGUUUGUGAAUCGGCUGGGAAUUAGCAGCCUUAUAAGAGAGGCCAUGUCAGCCGGGGACAGCCACGAAGAAGGAAGAUUGGUCUAUCGUUACGGCGGGGAACCGGUCGGAGCUUUUGUCCAGCCCAGUCUCCGCCCGCUGAUGCCCUGCAUUGCCCAUGCCAUGUUCCUCGAUGUCACCCAUGACAACGAGUGUCCCAUACAGCUGCGUUCACCGCUGGACUCGCUGCCCAGUUCUGCAGUCGUCUCCAUGGCCUGCUGUGCGACUGGCUCUACUCGAGGAUAUGAUGAAUUAGUGCCGCAUCAGAUUUCUGUCGUGAAGGAGGAGCGUUUCUACCCCAAGUGGAACCCUUCGGCUUCCCCCGCCUCGGCCGGCGAGGUUGGACCUCAGUCUGGCAUCAUUGCAGGGAAACGGGCUCUCAAUAAAUUGCACCAGGAACUGGCUGCCCAGGGCUUCAUGCAGGUCUAUGUAGACCAGGUUGAUGCAGACAUUGUUGCAAUUACUCGUCACUGUCCCAGCACCCAUCAGUCCGUGGUGACAGUUUGUAGGACAGCUUUCAAGAACCCGAAAACACACCAAUACAGCGCUGAUGUACCGCCAAUGUUUAUUCCUGGGACAAUUGAGGAGGUGGUUUUGGAGGCAAGGACAGUGGACAGACAUGGUGGGAGCUAUGAGAAGGACGACAAGUACAUCAACGGCAUGCCGGAAUACACCGUACAGAUCAAAGAGCACAUCGCAUUGCAGGAGAGCACAGUGGUGAAACAAGCUGAGGUGACAUCUAAAGGUCGAUCGGAGUUUGUACAGGAAAUCACCUUUCAGAAACUGACACCAGGAAGUGUUAUUGCCUUCAGGGUUAGUCUGGACCCCAAAGCCCAGAAAUUGGUUGGGGCAAUCCGAUACAUUCUGUCCCAAUUCAGCCUGAAGUACAGAAAAGGAAGUAUAGCAGAUGAAAACCCAGCGGAGGUCCUGAAGAUGCCUUUGGCACAGCUGAUGUCCAAGCUGUCGCUGGCAGACAUGAACGUCCUGCUCUUCCGUUGCGACGCAGAGGAACAAGAGGACGGCGGAGGCUGUUACGACAUCCCAGGAUGGAUGGCGUUCAAAUACGCAGGUCUCCAAGGACUGAUGUCUGUGCUCGCUGAUAUCCGUGCCAACAAUGACCUGGGCCAUCCUGUUUGUGCCAACCUGAGACAGGGGGACUGGAUGAUUGACUAUGUCUCCAAUAGACUCACACGGCGGGAAGGACCUCUGGCACAGGUUGGCCAGUGGCUGGCCGCCAUGUUUGCUUACCUGAAACACAUCCCACGCUAUCUCAUUCCCUCCUACUUUGACGCCAUCCUCGUAUCAGCCUUCACCACCGCCCUGGAUGCAACCUACAAACUCAUGCCAAGUUUCAUUCAGAGCGGCUCCAGCUUUGUGCGACACCUGGGUCUGGGCUCCCUUCAGAUGUGCGGGGUCGGACGCUUCCCCGCCCUCCCCCCUCUUUCGGUGGACAUCGAGAAUGUUCCGUAUCGCAUCAACCCGAUCACAGGCCAGAAGGAGCAAUGCUGUGUCACUCUGGCUGCAGGUCUCCCUCAUUUCUCCACGGGAAUCUUCCGCUGCUGGGGCCGAGACACUUUCAUCUCUCUCCGAGGACUGAUGCUGCUCACUGGGAGACACACGGAAGCCCGGAACAUCAUUUUGGCAUUCGCAGGGACGUUACGUCACGGUUUGAUUCCAAACCUUUUAGGCGAAGGCCGCUGUGCCAGAUACAACUGCCGUGAUGCUGUGUGGUGGUGGCUGCAGUGCCUCCAGGAUUACGUGAGCCACGUCCCCGAAGGACAGCGCAUUCUCCAGUGUCCGGUCACGCGCAUGUACCCGACCGACGACAGCGAGCCCUGUAAACCGGGAGAAGUGGAGCAGCCUCUGUAUGACGUGGUUCAAGAGAUUCUGCAGCGCCACCUCCAAGGGAUUUCUUUCAGAGAGCGAAAUGCCGGCCCCAAGAUAGAUAUGAACAUGAGAGAUGAAGGCUUCAAUGUAGCUAUCAACGUGGAUCCAGAAACAGGCUUUGUCCACGGAGGAAACCGCUUUAACUGUGGCACGUGGAUGGACAAGAUGGGGGAGAGUGACCGAGCAAGAAACAAAGGCAUACCUGCCUCUCCCAGAGACGGAGCAGCUGUGGAGAUAAUCGGUCUGAGCAAAUCAACGGUCCGCUGGAUUGUGGAGCUUGGUGCCAAAGGACUGUUUCCUUAUGAUGGAGCUAAAGUACACAGAAAUGGCAAAGAGGUGUUCAUUGCGUACGCCCAGUGGAACGAGCAAAUCCAGCAGUCCUUUGAGCCGUAUUUCUGGGUGUCUGGGGAGCCCAUGGACCCCAAUGAAAAACAUCCGGACCUGGUACACAAGAAAGGUAUCUACAAAGAUAGCGUCGGCGCAUCCAGCCCGUGGUGUGACUACCAGCUGAGACCCAACUUCGCCAUCGCCAUGGUCGUGGCACCAGAACUUUUCACCGUGGAUCGAGCCUGGAAGGCACUUGAAAUGGCCGAGAAGAAACUACUCGGACCGCUUGGAAUGAAAACCUUAGACCCUGAUGAUAUGGUCUACUGUGGCGUGUAUGAUAAUCCCUUGGACAACGACAACUACAAUGUGGCAAAAGGCUUCAACUACCAUCAAGGACCAGAGUGGCUAUGGCCUGUCGGGUACUUUUUACGGGCCAAACUCUACUUCGCCAGGAAGCAAGGUGAAGAGACGUACGCCAAGACGGCCACCUUGGUCAAAAAUGUCCUGUCACGUCUUUAUACUCACCUGGAGAGGUCACCGUGGAAAGGUCUGCCAGAGCUGACCAACGAGAACGGCCAGUACUGCCCAUUUAGCUGCGAGACCCAGGCGUGGUCUUUGGCUUGUGUGCUGGAAGUACUGUACGACUUCUAGGCAACGUCGACACGGCCCCACCCCCGUGCACUCGCUCGUUAUUGUGUAGAUCAAUGUAGCGCUUUUCAGUGGUGCAUGUUGACGUCAAAAGGCAAACCGAUGCUACGCUAGAGUCCGUUUAACUGUUGUUGAGGACAUUUUAAUUCACCCUUGUUAAAUACACGUGCGCUCGACCGGAAACAUGUACAGUGGUACCUUGGUGUGUGUUAAGCAGCCAUUCCAAAAGGUCGGACGAAAACCGAAUAGUACGAAAACAGAGCAUUUGAAAAAAUUAUGUCAACACAAAAAAGUUUUACUUGCAAUAAACAAAGCGAAUUGUGGAAAGUUCAUCCCUCAAUCCAUUUUCUGCCGCUAGUCCAGGUUGCGGAGGCAGCAGUCCAAGCAAAGAUGCCCAGACUUCCCUGUCCCCGGCCACCUCCUCCGGUUCCACAGGGGGGACACCGAGGCGUCCCGAAGCCAGCUGUGAGAAGUAGUGCCCUCCUAGGUCUGCCCCGAGGACUCUUUCCGUCUGGACGUGCUAAAAACAUCUCACGAGGCAUCCGUAGUAGAUGCCCGAGCCACCUAGAGACUCUACUCUGAGUCUCUCCCGGAUGACCGAACUCCUCACCCUAUCUCCGAGGUUGAUCACAGAUAUCCUGCGGACCAAACUAAUUUCUGCCACUUGUAUUCGCGACCAGCUCUCACUGGAUCGGUUCGCAGCCGAGUGUUCAGCGGCCGGAAUGAGAAUCAGCCUCUCCAAAUCUGAGGCCAUGGUUCUCAGCAGGAAACCGAUGGAUUGUACAGUCCAGGUAGAGGACGAGACUCUGUCCCAGGUGGAGGAGUUUAAGUAUCUUGGGGUCUUGUUCACGAGUGAGGGAAAGAUGGAGAAGGAAAUCAGCCGGAGAAUCGGAGCAGCUGGGGCAGUAUUGCAGUCUCUCUGCCAGAGCUGAGCCAGAAGGCAAAGCUCUCGGGUCUACCGAGCUAUCUACAUCCCUACUCUCACCUAUGGUCAUGAAGUGUGGGUCAUGACCUAAAGAAUAAGAUCGCAGAUACAAGCGGCCGAAAUGAGUUUCCUCAGAAGGGUGGCUGGCAUCUCCCUUAGAGAUAGGGUGAGAAGUUCAGUCACCCGAGAGAGACUCUGAGUAGAGCCGCUGCUCCUUCGCUUGGAAAGGAGCCAGCUUAGGUGGUUCGGGCAUCUCGUGCGGAUGCCUCACGAGCGUCUCCCUCGUCCUCGUUGCACAUCCCACUGGGAGGAGACCCCGCGGCAGGCCAAGGACCGGAUGGGGGGAUUACAUCUCCUCUCUGGCCUGGGAACGUUUCGGGAUUCCCCAGGAGGAAGUCGCUAAUGUUGCUCUGGAGAGGGAAGUCUGGGGGUCUCUGCUGGAGCUGUUGUCCCCGCGACCCGAUUCCGGAUCAGCGGUUGAAGAUGGAUGGAUGGUAUUCGCGACCUUGUCCUUUCAGUCAUUACCCAAAGUUCAUGACCAUAGGUGAGGGCAGGAACGUAGACUGACCGGUAAAUCGAAAGCUUUGCCUUCUGGCUCAGCUCCUUCUUCACCACAACAGACCAGUACAGUGACUGCAUCUCUGCACCAAUCCGUCUGUCAAUCUCACGUUCCAUUCUUCCCUCACUCGUGAACAAGACCUCGAGAUACUUGAACUCCUACACUUGAGGCAGAGCUUCACUCCCAACUCGGAGGGUGCAGUCACCGAGGCGUCCCCAGGCCAGCUGUGAGACGUAGUCCCUCCAGCGUGUCCUAGGUGCCAAAAACACCUCACUGGCGAGGCGUCCAUGAGGCAUCCGUAGUAGAUGCCCGAGCCACCUAGAGACUCUACUCUUGAGUCUCUCCCGGAUGACCGAACUCCUCACCCUAUCUCCGAGGUUGAUCACAGACAUCCUGCGGAGGAAACUAAUUUCUGCCACUUGCAUUCGCGACCUUAUCCUUUCGGUCAUUACCCAAAGUUCAUGACCAUAAGUGAGGGCAGGAACGUAGCAUCCGUAGUAGAUGCCCAAGGCACCUAGAGACUCUACUCUGAGUCUCUCCCGGAUGACCGAACUCCUCACCCUGUCUCCGAGAUUGAUCACAGACAUCCUGCGGAGGUAACUAAUUUCUGCCACUUGUAUUCGCAACCUUGUCCUUUCGGUCAUUACCCAAAGUUCAUGACCAUAGGUGAGGGCAGGAACGUAGACUGACCGGUAAAUCGACCUUCUUCACCACAGCAGACCAGUACAGUGACUGCAUCUGUCUGUCAAUCUCGCGUUCCAUUCUUCCCUCACUCGUGAACAAGACCUCGAGAUACCUGAACUCCUACACUUGAGGCAGAGCUUCGCUCCCAACUCGGAGGGUGCAGUCCACUCUUUUCCGACUGAGAACCAUGGCUUUGGAUUUGGGGGUGCUGAUCCUCAUCCCAGCUGCUUCACACUCGGCUGAAAACCGCCCAAAUGAACGCUGAAGGUCCCAGUCUUAUGUAGCCAACAGGACCGCAUCAUCUGCAACAAGCAGAGAUGCGACCCUCUGGCCACCAAACUGGAAACUCUCCACACCCUAACUGCACCUAGAAAUUCUGUCUAUAAAGAUAAUGAAUAGGACAGGUGACAACGUCCACUUGUCUGACUUACUACCGGCACAGCGAACCAGAGUCCUGCUCCGAUUGUACAGGGACUGAAUGGUGCGUGGCAACAGACCCUGGACAGGACACUGCAAGGGACACGAUUGAAUGCCGUCUCCAAAUCCACUGGUGGACUGGUUGAGCAAACUCCCAUGCCGCCUCCAGUACCCUAGCAAUAUACAGUUACCGGGGCUGGGGGUAUGGGUGCGUGUAUUGUCCAUAAGCCGGGGGGGUCGCUUCACUCAAAAUUACCGCGGUUUAUCAUCAGUACCGGUAUUCCUUAAACAGAUUAAAUAAGUAAACAAAUAUUUAACACACCUUUUAUUGAAGACUCUUGUUGGCCAAGGUUUUUGCUGCGAACUUUUCUUCAGCUUAAUGAAGUUCCUCACUUACUUUUUCAAAGUGUUGGCACCAGCUUUGACCCCACGGCGGGUUGUUUGGCAGUCGUACUCCAAAAAACCCCGACCAAUUUACCAACGAGUGGAAUUCUUUGAGCAGGUUUUCGCAAAAAAAAACAAGGUACCUCUGUACUGUUUUGAUUGCGGUGCUGCUUUCGUCAACGUCAACUAAUCCCGAAUAAGAGAACCAAGGUAGAGCCUGGAAUAGACACAAUGUUGCCGUGAGACGCGUACAAAAGUACUUUGUCUAGACACCGUCAGUUCCCUUUCGCACGCCGUGAGACCGUUCCACAUUCCAGACCCGUUAGAACCCGGAAGUAACGUUACGUGAUCACCCAACCAAGAGACACGCCGGUGUCGAGCUUCAACUUCUACAAACCCCGUUUCCAUAUGAGUUGGGAAAUUGUGUUAGAUGUAAAUAUAAACGGAAUACAAUGAUUUGCAAAUCAUUUUCAACCCAUAUUCAGUUGACUAUGCUACAAAGACAACAUAUUUGAUGUUCAAACUUUUUUGCAAAUAAUCAUUAACUUUAGAAUUUGAUGCCAGCAACACGUGACAAAGAAGUUGGGAAAGGUGGCAAUAAAUACUGAUAAAGUUGAGGAAUGCUCAUCAAACACUUAUUUGGAACAUCCCACAGGUGAACAGGCAAAUUGGGAACAGGUGGGUGCCAUGAUUGGGUAUAAAAGUAGAUUCCAUGAAAUGCUCAGUCAUUCACAAACAAGGAUGGGGCGAGGGUCACCACUUUGUCAACAAAUGCGUGAGCAAAUUGUUGAACAGUUUAAGAAGAACCUUUCUCAACCAGCUAUUGCAAGGAAUUUAGGGAUUUCACCAUCUACGCUCCGUAAUAUCAUCAAAGGGUUCAGAGAAUCUGGAGAAAUCACUGCACGUAAGCAGCUAAGCCCGUGACCUUCCAUCCCUCAGGCUGUACUGCAUCAACAAGCGACAUCAGUGUGUAAAGGAUAUCACCACAUGGGCUCAGGAACACUUCAGAAACCCACUGUCAGUAACUACAGUUGGUCGCUACAUCUGUAAGUGCAAGUUAAAACUCUCCUAUGCAAGGCGAAAACCGUUUAUCAACAACACCCAGAAACGCCGUCGGCUUCGCUGGGCCUGAGCUCAUCUAAGAUGGACUGAUACAAAGUGGAAAAGUGUUCUGUGGUCUGACGAGUCCACAUUUCAAAUUGUUUUUGGAAACUGUGGACGUCGUGUCCUCCGGACCAAAGAGGAAAAGAACCAUCCGGAUUGUUAUAGGCGCAAAGUGUAAAAGCCAGCAUGUGUGAUGGUAUGGGGGUGUAUUAGUGCCCAAGACACAAGCGCCAUUAAUGCUGAAAGGUACAUACAGGUUUUGGAGCAACAUAUGUUGCCAUCCAAGCAACGUUACCAUGGACGCCCCUGCUUAUUUCAGCAAGACAAUGCCAAGCCACGUGUUACAUCAACGUGGCUUCAUAGUAAAAGAGUGCGGGUACUAGACUGGCCUGCCUUUAGUCCAGACCUGUCUCCUAUUGAAAAUGUGUGGCGCAUUAUGAAGCCUAAAAUAGCACAAGGAAGACCCCCGGACUGUUGAACAACUUAAGCUGUACAUCAAGCAAGAAUGGGAAAGAAUUCCACCUGAGAAGCUUCAAAAAUGUGUCUCCUCAGUUCCCAAACAUUUACUGAGUGUUGUUAAAAGGAAAGGCCAUGUAACACAGUGGUGAACAUGCCCUUUCCCAACUAUUUUGGCACGUGUUGCAGCCAUGAAAUUCUAAGUUAAUUACUAUUUGCAAAAAAAAAAAAAAGUUUAUGAGUUUGAACAUCAAAUAUGUUGUCUUUGUAGUGCAUUCAAUUGAAUAUGGGUUGAAAAGGAUUUGCAAAUCAUUGUAUUCCGUUUAUAUUUACAUCUAACACAAUUUCCCAACUCAUAUGGAAAUGGGGUUUGUACAAGUAUCGACAGUUUUUUAAAAGAUUGACAAACAAGCAAAGUUUUGAGGUCUUACGUUUGAUCCAAUGUCCUCAUUGGUUGCCGGUCUCUAGCUGUUUAGUGUGUCUCCGUUGCAUUUUGGGCCCCCUGCAAAAGGUGCAAAGCGUAAGUAUUUCCAUCAAAUACUUUAUGUUCUGUCCCUCUCAGAUCUUCCCCACAAUCUUGACAUAUGUACACAAUCAGCAUCAAUAAUCAUUUCCCCUCCUCCGUGCUUGUAACUGCCAUCUGUUGCACCUUAUGUUCUGUUUAGCCACUGGAAGAAAGUAGAGAAUGUCUAAUAUAUUAAACAUGUAUACAUACUACUUGUUUGCUCUUGAUUGUACUAAAACCUGCAGGUGAAUAAAUACAUAUGCAGUUAGGGAGUGGUUCUCAAUGACUUUUCCCCCCAGGGAACAACAUUUUUUCCCGCCCCCUGAAGUUAAUGUUUAUUUUUUUAACUGUAUGUGUCAAGAUAGUUGAUUGAU